AUGGCUCCGUCCUACUCCCAUCUCGACCGCCCGGAGGAAUCCCCAAGGCGUCCCUUCGUCAGGAACCUCGAUAACAAAUUCGAUGCCCGGGUCUCUCUCUUCGUUGGUGUUUGCUACUACCUCUUUCCGCUUCGCAAGGCGCGCUCGCUUACAACAGCCUGGGCCUUGGAGAUGGAAACAGUGUACUACGACGAGUGGCAAGAGUUUUGGGAGGAGGCAAAGGAGCAGUACGCAAUUUUUUUUUAUCGGCAGCUUCAAGUGUUUUGGAGGACUCCCCUUGAAAUUAUGGAAGAGAUUUACCACCGUUCGUGGAACUACUGCUGGUGGCCGCUCAUACCCACCACUAGGCCGUAUUUGCCGGAUGCACGCUUCUUCCCUGCUCCUGGGCAUGUACGCGUCUACUGGCAAAGGAGCGUCCAAGAAGUACUCGGAAAGCCGACGACUCCACAGUCUUUUGGAUGCGGACCCGAGUCGACCCGCAUCCCUCAACUGGGCGUGUUUGUGGACAUGCCUCUGGGCCAUGAGGGUGAGCUUGACAUUGGUAAGCUCAUGCGCAUGUGGAAUCUGGACAAUAUAUUUUUCAUAGACAUGUCCCGCAAGACGCUGUUCGAGCCGGGGGACUCGAAGGUUAUGUCUUAUUUAGCAGUGCAAACACUGCUACAUCCUUAUAACGGGAUCCCUGUUCUGCGUGCUGUUGAGGUCCCUACUCGUCAAAGUCUCCACGCACGGGUGCGCCGCACCGAACUCCUUGAGAAGGGAUCCUUGCGUCCGCUCCAAUGGUUCGACACAGCGCGUGUCUCGGUGAUGUGGACAUACCUUACCAUCUACGACUACUACCAUUGGAAUCCAUGUCGGAACUUCAGAGGAACCCCCGAAGGCUAUGUGGUAUUGAUCUUCAACAUGCUUCUCAUUGCGCUGGUUUUCGCUAUUGCGAUCCAAGUGGCGAGUCUGGAGGCGGUGCAAACCACGCUCGCCCUGCUGGGUGUCGCCCUUCUGAACGCCGCGGUGGGUGUCUGCGUUUUGUUGUGUCGCACUUACGAAGUGUUGUCGAAGUUGAGGUCGCUGCUAUAA